GGAAACAUUUAUCAACCAUUUUUAUGAUCAAGGAAUCAAGUAUUUUUAUAUCUUUAUUUACUUUUGUGGUUAGGUUACUCGUGUUAGUGAUACUAAAGCUGUGAUUGUUAUAUUUUCAAAACAAUAAUGUAUCCAUUAGGUUUGAAACAUAAAUAUUUACACUUCAAAAAAAGUUAUUCAGUAACUCCCCGUAAAAUCUCUACUCACAUUUUCGUAGAACAACUUCAAUGAAUGCCGUUGAUAAAUAAGAAACAGAAUACAGAAUAGAUGUCAUUGAAUACCGUAAUCAAAAACACUGGAUUUACAAUAAUAUCCUGUUUACUCAACAGUGACUUGAAUGAUUGAAGUUCAGCAUUUCAGCAUAAACUCAAGUGACGACAACGAAUUUGAAGACUCUUUUUACUUGGGCAAUUUUCACCCUCUAUGAAUGGAACAGGUGGCAGUAAGAAUUGAAAGCCCAGAUGACACCAUUGGGAGCACUUGAUGCAGCGAAAGGAAAGGAACACUUUUCUCCUUAUCCUUCUUUCUCCUCUUCGUCUACUAGUUACUCUCGUCUAUAAAUACAGGUAUGUUUUCUUCUUCGUUUUUUGUGCUGGCUGACUCCUCCCAAGACGCUUUCCUCGUGAAGGCCAGAGAAGCCUGUCGAGCGUCGGCGUCUGCUAUGGCCUGUCCGUCUUACUGGGCGCUAUCGUCCGUAUCUACGCUUCUACAAUCUCGUCACGCACCUAUUCAGGCUGGCCCAGCAUGGUUGGUGCAGCUUCAAAGCCCAGACAACGUCACUUCCUCGCUGCUUCCUGAACGAUUGUUGUCCACCACUCGUCAGUUGGACAAUGAGAUGAGUUUUUCGGCUGUUGGUCAGUUUCUAUUGAGACAGUUGGACGGCUGGAUGCGAGGUCAUGGUAUUGCGUUCCACACUCCCGGAGCACAAGUCAUAAUGCUUGACGACACUGGACGCUCUUAUGAUGAAGAUGAAGCAGUCGAAAACAGCGCGGAGGAGACGAAAAAGUUUACAGAAAAAAGAGGACACAAGAAGAAGAAAUUCGCCUUGCUAUUCCCAAUAUUGGCAUUCAUGAAAUAUUUGGCGAUCAAGGCAAUCUUGGUUCCAAUAUUCAUGUCAGUGGUGUUCCUGAAGAAGAUUGCAAUUCUGGCACUCAUCUACCUUCCGACGCUUCUUGCAUCUCUCAAGAUAUGCAAGAAAGAGCCUAUUUAUUUCUCCAAGCCUCUAUUCCCACAGGAGCAUCAUGAGACCACUGACUACGACAACUCAGGAGGAUACCAAUUUCCAGGAUAUGAUAAGGAUUGGUCACAUUACGGUGCUAGGAGAAAUAUUUAUCACUGAUAGCUUCAACAAAUCCUCAAUAAGAAAUUUAUCACAGUAAUAUUCUUCAGUCUUUAAAAUAACCUAUAACCUAAAAAUAACCUAAAAUUAUGUGAAGGAGCUGAAUGGAGUUCAUUGAUAAUCAUACAAUCGCAUUCCUUUUUAAACAUCAGGCAAAUAUCGUAGAUUUUACUCUGUUGUGUUUCAGAGAAAAGUUUUGUGUGAACACGUUUUUAAAAUAUUGAGCAGCAAUACCAUUUACCAUACAUCAAUGGAUAGAAUCCUCAAUAUAGUAUUUUAAGUGUUUAGAAUGUAAUUGAGAUUUUUUCAGCUAAUAAAGAAUUUCCUAAUUCAUGUAUUAUUAAUUUUUCAAAAAAUAGUUUUAUGUGGAGAAAUCUUCUGAAAAUGAGAAUAUGCGUAAACCAGGCAGCGAAUCUACAAAAAUAGGUAUAAAUUCAAAGCAGAAAUAAAAUAAUUUUCAUGGUUAUCUGCGAAAAAAAUUCUUUCCAACACUAAAAGUUUUUCAAGCAUACAGUGAUGUAGGUAAAAUUAAUGAACGUAUUUAUCUAUUUUUGAAUGUAUUUAUAAGUUGUGAAUGUUGAUAAAUAAAAUUCUGCCAAUACAAAUUC